AUGGCGGACCGACACGACCCCAUUGUCGACGAGACCCCGAAUAAGCGGCGGAAGCUGAACUCAGAUCCGAGCAGUGGACAGGCUUGGGACUCGCAAGAUGAUGAGGCUGGAGAUUUCAAUGAAGAUGACUUUCAGACUGAAGCCACAUUGCCGCUCCCGGGAACGCAAAAGAGACAGCUGGCAUACACCGCGGAACAAUUUCAAUCCGACUACGCUGCAAGCGCACGUGCUUCCUCAUCGCAGCCGGCGCAUGUCACUCAGCCUACCCAGACAUUGAAGCAUGUCACUCAACCCACACAACCCGUGCCGCCGAAAUCACAUGUGCAAGUUGAGAGAUCGUCGCCGAUGGCACCAGACAAUUCGUCGCAGCGGCCGAUGCCGCAGCCUAUAAACCGAGCACCUUUCGCGAAGCCCGGGAAAGCUGGAGGUGUACUGGCAAGCGCAAUGGCCCCUCCCGGUACCUCAUUUCGCCGACCCCAGGGCAUUCAGUCCAGGCCACAAGCCAUAGAUAUCGACAGCGACGACGAUCCGCCCAUCGAGCGCAGCGACGACGAAGGCACCCAGGGCCUCGGCUCCAACAUCAAACCCACCAAUUUUAAGAAGGCUGGGCGGGGCUUGGACUCGUCACCGAAUCGAGUGGUGCAGGAAACUCCACGUAGUCUGGCGAAACAGAGUAACAAUACGUUUGAGAACAUACUGUCGAACUUCGGAUACAAGCCUUCGCACCCGCCGGCAAGACCUGCCGACGACAUGGCUAGUUCGUAUGCUGGUACCUCUAGAACUGCACGACCGACCCAACCGACGUCGAGACAAAAUGGACCAGGGCCAGCUAUUUUCGCUCCUCUCCGUGGGCAUGUAUUCAAGUCCCUGGAAGAUAUUCCCCUGCCCGUUGUGCGACGAAAAGUUUCUGAUAUGCGAACCAUCAUGGGUCAUCAUCAUGAUGUCCAAAGCUGCAUGGAUGCCCUCGAGCGUAAGAGGUACCAUAUGCAUGACGCAAUGGCGUACCUCGCCUCGAAGGAGGAAGAGAGCGACGAGCUGGCUUCUGGCAGUCCCAUCCGGCGCAAAGGCGUCGCCCAGUCAGUAUCCCAGACUUCACAGCCAUCCUCGCAACCUAUUCGGUCGACCGCCAAGCAACAAGUCAAGGCACCUGCCAAGACUAUUGCUGAAAAAUACAAUCGAGGCGUUGCAAAGACAGCCCAGCGACAAGAUGGUUCGGAUUCAGAUGAGGACGAGGAUGUCAAGCCCAACAAGCGCGGGAGAAUACUGCAAGGGCGGAAGUCUGGGCCGGCCAGUCCACCUUCAUCUCCCCCGGCAGUUCCUCAGCCACGAUCACGAAAGCAAGUCAUCACAAUCGACUCUGACGAUGACGAGGACUCUGGCGUCGGCCGCGAUGCUAGCGAGGAAUAUGCGAAACCCGCCAAGGAGGCGGAACCUGAAACAUUCCAUGCUGAUCUGCAGGGCAUGCGCGAUACUCGUCUGCUCAAGCUGAUUAACGAGGCCACAGCUCACGAUUUGUCGGAGUUGAGCGGACAGCAAGAGGACAAGAUUCAGUUCGUUCUGGAUAAGCGCCCAUUCGCCAGUCUAGACGACGUCUGCGCUGUAGUCCAAGCAGGCCUCACCAAAACAGGCAAGCCAUCGAAGAAGAGCAGUCCGCUUGGAGAGAAGCUCGUUGAAGAUUGUCGGGAGGUCAUGACCGGCUACGACGCAAUUGACGAGCUUGUCGUGCAAUGCGAAAAGAUUGCACAACCUCUUCAAGAAGCACUCCGUGGCUGGGGUGUCGGCGAGUCAACAGGGGGUGAGCUGCAAUUGAUGAGCCUCGAUGAAGCUCACGACUCGGGUAUUGGGACACCUUCCAGCUCCGUGCCACCCGAGGAUGCGCCAUCUCAAAAGAGUAGCAAGAACAAGCCUAAGGGCAGCUUCAUUGGCCAACCAUCCAACAUGAAUCAGGAUCUGGCCAUGAAGAAUUAUCAGCUGGUCGGCUUGAACUGGCUUUACCUUCUCUUCACCAAGGAACUUUCUUGCAUUCUGGCAGACGACAUGGGGUUGGGCAAGACUUGUCAAAUCAUCGGUUUCCUUUCCUAUCUGCAGCUCAAAGAGGUUGAUGGUGUCCAUCUCAUCAUAGUACCCGGCUCUACGCUCGAGAAUUGGCUCCGCGAGUUUGAACGAUUUGCUCCAAGCAUGAGCGUUCAGCCAUACUACGGCCACCAGAGUGAGCGUACUGAGCUGCAGUACAACAUUGAGAAGAACUGGGGCAACAUCGAUGUCAUCGUCACAACGUACGACAUGGCCGUCAGCAAACAUGACAAUGCUUUCCUUCGCAAAAUGGGUCCCUUCUCGGUCUGCGUCUACGAUGAGGCGCAUGCUCUUCGAAACCCAAACUCGCUCAGAUACCGUCAACUUGUUCGGCUGGAAGCUGAUUUCAAAGUUCUUUUGACGGGCACGCCUUUGCAAAACAAUCUGCAAGAACUGGUCGCAAUACUGGCGUUCAUCAUGCCCAACAUCUUUUCUGAAAAGGAGGACGACCUACAGUAUAUCUUCAAGCACAAGGCCAGUACGAAGGAUACCGCAAGCGCAGCUUUGUUGUCCAACGACAGAAUUGCACGAGCUAGGACCAUGAUGACCCCAUUCAUUUUGCGGAGGAAGAAAGCACAAGUUCUGGACCUUCCUACCAAGACCACUCGCGUCGAAUAUUGCGACAUGACGGAUUCGCAAGCCAACUACUAUGCCGAUCUUUGGGAGGAUGCGCAAAAGUUUUACACCGAAAAGGCUGCCGGCGGUACGAAAGGCACCGCGAGACAGAGCUCCAACGUCAUCAUGGCUCUGCGGAAAGCCGCAAUUCAUCCCCUGUUGGCUCGUCGCCUGUACGAUGAUAAGGUUCUUGAUAAGAUGGUAAAAGCGCUGAGGAAAACGGACGAGUUCGGCGAUAAUCCUCCGGACAAGAUACGAGCUUACUUGGAUGGCACUGCCGCUCAGAGCCUGAAAGGCGGCGACUUUGGGCUUCACAAGUUCUCCAACGAGCGCGAGACAAUGCGAAAGCGCUUCGCUCUUAAGCAUGAUGAGUGGAUGGACUCCGGCAAGGUGAAGAGAUUCCAGCAGCUUGUAAGCGAGUACGCGAAGAAUGGCGAUCGUGUCCUGGUCUUCUCACAAUUCACCACUCUCAUGGAUAUCCUGGAAGCAGUCCUAGAGACCAUGAACAUCAGAUUCAUGCGUCUAGAUGGCUCGACCAAAAUGGAUACCCGGCAGGACAUGAUCGACCAGUUCUAUGAGGAUAAUUCUAUCACGGUCUUCAUGCUCUCCACUCGUGCGGGCGGAGCCGGAAUCAAUCUUGCGGCUGCAAACAAGGUCAUCAUCUUCGACAGCGGCUUCAACCCUCAAGAUGAUAUUCAAGCAGAGAACAGAGCCCACCGUGUGGGCCAGACUCGUCCCGUGGAGGUUGUUCGCCUCGUCACCAAGGGCACGAUUGAGGAACAGAUCCACGCCUUGGGCGAAUCGAAGCUUGCCUUGGACGAGAGAGUUGCCGGCGAGGGCGCCACUGACGCAGAGUCUAAACAAGCCGACAAGCUGGGCGAACAGAUGGUUGAGAAGAUGUUCGUCGAGAAGAUCAAGGACGAAGAGACGGAUGUGCAGCAGCAUUCAAUUCCAAUGACAGGUGAUCUGAAGGAUGCUUUCAAGCAUGGCUUGGAAGGAGAAGGGCUUAAAGUCGAGUCCAAACAGGCGCAGUUCUGA